AUGUUGGUGUUUUUAUUGGGAGUGCUCACUGGAGUCUUUUUGGUACUGCUCAUUGCUUAUGUGUAUUUGUUCAGCUCUCUCGAAACGUUCGACAAAUCCGCUUCGCCGUUUGUCGAUCAAUUUCAACCAGUUAGAUUAGCUCCGGUGCUACGCAACUUUUUGAAAUCGUCGAGAGAGGAUCCGAAUAAACCAAAAUGGGAGUCGUGCUACAUUCUAAGUCUUGUUCUGCAUUUCCUUUAUCAAGAACACAACGACACGCGACGUUUUCGAAGGUGGUUCCAUAAAAGACUUCAGCUGGAACUCAAUGACAUAGUAACACGCUCUACUGCUGGCCGUCUUAUUCAGGAUAUUCGUAUCCGCGAUCUCUCAACGGGUUCACAAUUUCCGGUCUUGAAUGGCGCUAGUUGUGAAGGUUAUCGUCUGUCGGAAGAUAAAGAGCAUUUUGAUUGGUUGAGUAUUCUGUUGGAUAUUGACUACAAGGGUGCGUUUCAAGCAUCAAUCGAUGUCUCGUUGUUAUUCGGUCGAUACGCACAAUUAUCUGUAAAGGUUGCCGAAUUGUCGGGUAAGGCCAGAUUAACGCUGACACGAGAACCGUAUACUCAUUGGACAUUCGCGUUUGUUGAAACGCCUUUUCUCGAUUUUAAAGUCGAAUCGCAAUGGCAAGGUAAACAACUGAAGCAUUUAAUACCAUUGAUCACGCAGCAAUUUCGUCGUAUCAUUCAGCGAAAACACGUUUUUCCGAAUUACAAAAUUCGAUAUCGACCAUUCUUCAAUAAUCCACUCCUGAUGCCUUCACCUCCGAUCGGUGCAUUCGAUCAUAUCAAACUCAUUGGUGGUCUAGAAGUGACUGUACUGCAAUGUACACGUUUGAACACCUCACUGGCUGCGUUAGAUCAUUCUGAAGUGUAUUGCACUGUGUGCAUCGAACACCGUCCGUUCACGCACAAUACAACAUCAAAUUCGUUGCAAUCGACUACACUUCUGGUGAACUUUAUGCGACACGGCCUGAUGGAACCUCUUGGAUUGUCGUUUAUCAACUCUGCAAACGAAUUGGGUUUGAGAACAGUUCAGAUCAAUGCCAUCGAGUCUGGAUCAGCAGCUGAACGAUGCGGUUUUCUGAAAGGUGAUACAAUAUUGGCCAUAAAUAACGUACCAAUACAAAGUGACAGACAGGUGAGUCGUUUGUUGUGUGGUAGUGUGAGUGAAUUGAACGUUCUGAUAGAGAGAGGAAUCAACGAUUCCAACUGCACAUCACCGCAACUCAACGUCGAUCUUUUAGUGAUUCGUUAA